AUGUCGAAUCUCCUCGCCAUCGACCUGAGCAACAACAUCCUCUCCGACACGAUUCCCGCGUCGCUCGGCGACUUACCGCAACUUAAGUUCCUCGAACUGAACAAUAACCAGCUCUCGGGGGAGAUUCCCGCAUCGAUCGGCAACUUAAAGCGUCUCAAGUCCAUCUCGCUCGCACAUAAUCAGCUGCAUGGUCGCGUUCCGAAGGGACUUAAUUACCUCCGCGAUAGCCCCGCCAAGUAUAAUUUCUCCGAGAACGGUUAUGGGUUCUGCGGCACGGGCUUUAAGGGGCUCGAUACCUGUCCCGGCGACCCGCCGUACGUCUCUAAGAAGUCCCCGCCCAAGGUGAAACCGCCAGUCAAGCCGCCCGUCGUCAAACCGCCGGUCGUGAAGCCUCCUGUCGUUAAACCGCCAGUCGUUAAACCGCCAGUCGUUAAACCACCCGUCGUUAAAUCGCCUCCUAAGGUUACCCCACCAGUCGUCAAGCCCCCGCCAAAAUCACCGAAACCCUCACCGGAAAAGCCGCUCCCAUCGCCUUCCAAAAGCCCCAAACCUUCCCCUUCCGCGCCUUCCGCCUCCCCGAGUAACCCCCCGCCAACUACCUCCCCUUCCCCUUCCCCCGCCAAGCCAACUUCCCCGCCGUCCUCCCCCGCGCCCUCCGCAAACGCCCCGCCGUCCUCUCCGCCGCCCGCGGACGACCCACAGCCCGUGCAGCCGCUCGUUCCGCUCUCCCCGCCCCCCGGUUCCGCCACCCCCUCCGCCUCCCCGCCAGCAGACACCCUCUCCAGCGGUACCGCGGCGGCGGCAGAUAGCGGAAGCAGCGGCGGAAACAGCAGCGCAAGCGCGAGCAGCAGCAGCAGCGGCGAGAGCAGCGGGGGAAUGAGCAUGGGCGUGUAUAUCGGCAUUGCGGCUGGAGGCGCGUUGUUGCGCGCGGCGGCAUUUAGGGCGAUUCGCAGCGACAAGGAUCUCAACCCCCCCUCCGCCUCCAAGCGCGGAUACGGCGGAAGCAAGUCCAAGGGCAAGGCGCGCAGCCCCACGGGUGCGGAAGCAGCGGGCGGAGACGCAGGCGGAGGAAGCGGGGCAGCGGCGGCUGCGGCAGGUGCGGCGGCAGGAGCAGCGGCUGGAGCGGCAAUCGCGGGUUCUGGUCGCAGUUCGUCUAAAAAGAAGUCUCCUUCUAAGCGGCAUUCUCCGUCGAAGCACCACCGUAUCGAUAUCGAGUCUGGUAAUAACGGAGCCAGUGGUUAUCACUCGGGUUACCACACGGUUGACGUACCGCCUGUAACGGUCGUGGAGCUCCCUCCCGAGCCUGCCAUCCGCUCGGCUCGGGAACCCGAGGCUGCAGCCUCGGCAGUGAGCGCCACAGGUGCGGCAGCCGGAGCUGCGAUCGCAGGCGCGGGAAGCAAGAGCAAGGGCAGGUCCGGCAAAUCCCAUUCCCCCUCUCCCAAGAAGGACGGCUCCCGGAGCAAUCCGAAUGCGGAUAAGGAGAGCGUCGGAUCGUCUCCACGUGGCGACCAGCACGAUCCAACGGCUGUUGGGGGCGCGCUAGGCUCCCGCUCAAUUGGAGGCAGCGGCAGAAGCGGCAGCGACCGCAAGACAGGCGCUGCCGCUGCCACUGCUGCUGUUGCCACAGGAGCUGCUGCCGUUGCUGCUUCUGGCUCGGGAAGGAGCCCCCAGACCUCUCCACACAAGACUCGGCCGGAGAGUCCCCGAACCAGGAAGUCAGGCUCGGGAUCCGCCGAGCCAGCGUCUCGGGACGGAGGGAGGAAGGAGCGCAAGGAGCAUACCCCGCCGAAGACGGAGAGAGGGAGUGGUAACCAGUCGGGUAGGAGCCCUGAGACCAGCCCGUCGCCUAAGGGACACAAGGACGGGUCGAGCAGGAGACUGAGUAACGACGGUGGCAAUGCUGCUGCUGCAGGUGCGCCGGUGUUCGAAGCUUCUCCGCCCGCCAUCCCCCCGUCCGUUCCGCGCAACCGCGACAGCACCCCUCCGCGCAUGCCCUCGUGGUCGCGCACGGGGAACCGGAACUCCCCCUCCCCCGGCGGAAGUAACCACCGGUCCUCCUCUCCGAACCGAAGCUACCACGGCACACCGCCCAAACCUGCCGAGCCUGUGCCGAACCUCCGGGAGGAGGGGAUCCCUACAGUGGUGGAAAUCCCGGUGGAUUCUGACGAUAAUCAAAUCAAAUCUGGCAAAUCCAACCGCCCGGUGCUCAUCCCUCCUGCGGUUCCCAUCCCUCAGCUGAAAUCUAUGCCGGCCGGAGCCGCGUCGAGGAAGAAAGGGGGGAGGAAUGGGGGCGGAGCGGGGGAGGAUGACGUGUCACCCGCUCCGCUGCCGAACAACAUGCGGCGGAGUGGUUCCGGGGACGAGAGGGGGGAGGGGCGGGCGGAGGGGGGAGGCGCUGGCGCGGGGAUGGCGGUCAGCGCAACAGCUGUGACUCCCAAGUACGGGGCCGCGGGGCGGGCGCUGAGGGUGGCGGAUUUGGAGGAGGCGGGGGGAGAGGCGGAGGGGGAAGGGGAGGAUGACGUGGUGGGGGAGCUGCGGAGCAGCAGUCGGAAGGGCGGGUACGGGAGCGGAAGGGGAAUGGGCGGAGGGGGAGGCGGAAUGGGGGGAAGAGGCGGAGUUUGGACCCCUUCAGGUGGAUCCGGAGGGGGUGCUGACGGGGCACCAGAGGCGUCAGAUGACGUGGCAGGGGAGGGUGCCAGCCUGGAGCGGUUUUUCACGGUUGCUGAGCUGUCAUUGGCCACGAAUGACUUUGGAAGGCAGUCCCAGAGAAAUGUUUUGGGUACGGGCAGGGACGGCUCGGUGUACAAGGCUCGGCUGCCUGACGGGACGACCGUGGCAGUGAAGCGGCUUACCCAAAGAAACCUGGACCAAUCAGCACGCGAAUUCAGAUUCGAAGUCGAGUCUCUCGCCCACGCUCGGCACCCGAACCUCGUGGCGCUGCUGGGGUGCUGCGCGGAGGAGGACGAGCGAAUGCUUGUGUACGAAUUUGUGCCCAACGGCUCUCUGGACGCGUGGCUGCACCAGAACGGGAACAUGGAGCCCAUUGAUUGGCCCAUGCGCAUGCACAUCGCCAUUGGCUGCGCCAGAGGUCUCUCCCACCUGCACGAGGGGCUGGACAUGAAGGUGGUGCACAGGGACGUGAAGGCCAGCAACGUGUUGCUGGACGCGCAGUGGAACCCCAAGCUGGGCGACUUCGCCAUUGCCCAGGUCAUGGGCCGCGACCAGAGCCACGCCGCCACCCGCGUUGUUGGGACCUUCGGAUAUGUGGCUCCGGAGUACAUGAACACGGGUCUGCUGACGGAACGAAGCGAUGUGUACAGUUUCGGGGUGCUGCUCCUUGAGAUCAUCUCCGGAAGAAAGCCCAUUGACAAUGGAGCUCCUCCUGACGAGAUGGAUCUGGUGACAUGGGCCAAGAAGCUGAGCUCACAGGAGCGGCUGGUUGAGAUUGUAGACCCGCGCCUGCAAGGCAUGAUCUCUCCUGACGAUGCGGAGUACGUCCUCGGGAUUGCCAUGCGUUGUGUGGAGACCAACGCACUCAAGCGGCCGCGCAUGACCCAGAUCGUCCACAUGCUGGAAAGUGAAGACCCAAAACAGAGGGACGAUUGGGUGGCUCGAAGGCCCAGUCCUAACUCUGUCUCGAUUUGA